AGAGCACUUGGCUGUCAGGUUCUGUGAUCACCUAGACACUUUCGCCUGCCAUGUCCCGCGUCGCCAGCGUGGUGUGCGCUGUUUCCCUGGCGCUCUACGGCGCCAGCUGCUUCAUCCUGCCGGCCAGCACGCCACGUGGUGCGCCGCAGCAGGGUGCCGGCGCGGUUGCGCAGCAGCCAAGUGCUGCCGCCACUCAGGAGUCCGCUGGAUCUUGGAGCCCUCUCGCCAUCGGCGCUGCCCUGGGACUGCUGGCUGCAGUGGCCACCACCCGGCCUGCCCUGGCGGCGGACCUGGAGAACGGCGAGGCCGUGUUCCAGGGCAACUGCACGGCCUGCCAUGCGGGUGGCAACAACAGCAUCGUGGCUGAGAAGAAGCUGAAGAAGGAUGCCCUGGUCACCUACGGCAAGUACGACGUGAGCGCCAUCAUCACCCAGGUCACCAACGGCAACGGCUCCAUGCCUGCCUUCGGUGACAAGCUCGGCCCUGAUGACAUCGAGGAUGUGGCGAAUUACGUCUACAACAAGGCGGACAAGUGGUGAGUCUUUUUUCAACUGCCCGGUGCAGCACUCUAAGUCAUGGCUUUGAGUGCCGCAGUGCACUUGGCAUUGCCAUGGAGCCCGCAUCGUCGCGAGCAAGAUGAAAGCG